ACUUGCGGUGUUGAUGGAUUCAAAAACUACAUCGCAGGAGAAAUUAAUACUACUCACUUUGAUCUCUAUAAAAAUAACGUACAUCAAAAAAAUCUAAUGUAUAGGAAGGACACACUUUUUAAUUAUUUUGAUACUAUUGAUGAUAGUAAUCUAACAGUCAUUGUAUAUCCUACCACUCCAAAACUCCCUCUAGCAAAUAGUUAG